GUGGUGGGCAUUCUGUUUUCUCUGCUGGCCCUCUGGCUCUCCACCAAACCGCCCACGAGUAGAUUUACUUUCGGCCUGCAUCGUCUCGAGGUUGUAUCAGCAGUCCUCAGUGUAGUGCUCAUCUACAUCCUGACAGCCAUACUGCUCUACGAGGCCGUUCAGAGGACGAUACACCAAGAGUUCGACAUAGAUGGGGAUGUCAUGCUCAUCACUGCAGCUGUGGGCGUGGCUGUCAACCUCAUAAUGGGUUUCUUGUUAAACCAAGGUGGCCACGGUCACUCUCACGGCCACGGUCACUCACAUGGCCAUGGUCACUCUCACGGCUCUGCAGCCGCCUCACAGUCAGGGGGGUCGGGGGGGCAGAGGCAGCAGGGCAGCCUGGCUGUCAGAGCGGCCUUCAUCCACGCUCUGGGAGAUCUGGUCCAGAGCAUCGGGGUGCUCAUAGCGGCCUACAUCGUCCGCUUCAAGCCGGAUUUUAAGUUGGCAGACCCCAUCUGCACCUACAUCUUCUCCAUCCUGGUACUCGUCACCACGUUCCGGAUCAUACGAGACACAAUAGUCAUCGUGCUGGAGGGUGUUCCCAGGCAUCUGGACACUCUGAGAAUCAAAGAAGACCUCCUGAAACUGGAGGACGUCCAAUCAGUGGAUGAGCUGAACGUCUGGGCACUGACCACGGACAAGACUGCAGCUGUAGUGCAUCUGCAGCUGGCGCCCUCUAGUGCCAGCAACUGGGAGGACGUGCAGGCGAAGGCGCGCCACCUGCUGCUCCACACCUACGGCCUGGGCAGGUGCACGGUGCAGGUGCAGACACACAGGCUGAGGCCUGUGCGCACCUGCACACACUGCCUGCAGUCCAGUGCCUAGGGAAAGAGACUCUUCUGAACAGUGACUUCCACGGAGCACUUCAAGACACAGGACAGCCGAGACAGAAGGCCUGCUGUGAGGGAGACACAGUAAACGGUAUGUACAUGCAAACAGAAAAAGACUGGUGCCAAAGGAAAGCAAGCGCACAUUUCCAAUAGUUGGAUCACUUCAGCCGCCGGGGACCUCGCACAGCUUUGAGAGCUUGGAUGCUUUCAGAAAAAUGAAUGCCCUUAAUUCACCAUUGAAGCCUAUUUCAACUUUUUUGUAUUUUAUUGUUUGAUUUGUCACUGAUGUUUUAGCAUCAGAUUUGUUUCUAGGUGUGAGGACUUGAUUUUAUUUGUUUACUGAGGAUGUCUGCAAAUGAAAAGGUACCUUAUUUUCUGUUCAUUUGGAAAAACAACUUGUAUCAUUGUGUCCCUUAGGCAGACAUCACAUCAACUUAUCAACCUUAGAAAUGAUCAAAGCAGUCUGAUCAACACUUAAAAACUGACAUUUUAUUUUAGCAUGGCUCUUAGCUAAAUUUAGGCGACCACGCAACUGACAAUCAAAGAGUGACUGACUUUGUAAAAUGGUUAAUGCUACAGUGUUAUGGUUUCAGCCUCAAUUCCUAAACUCAUUUUCUUCGUAUUCCCUAAACUGACAGUAUACUAAUGCAGACAGGUUUGUGAACCAGUAUUUCUGAUUGGCUGUUUUUUCAGUUUUCACCCGCUGAUAAUAUUUAUAGUGUUUCCAGUGUUGAGAGACUGUCGGGGUUUUUUUGUAAACCUUUUCCUAGUCUCUAAAAUGAAUCAUCGACGGAAGUCAGGAACUGCAUCACCCUUUGUUUCUAAUAAAGUAUUUCAUCUUCU